CAACAACCAAUACCAGAAGAGGAUAUCCUAAGAAGAAGGCGGGUUCUAGUCGAUGUGGGGGAAUCCAGAAUGAUCAGAAAAAUUUCAGACGUUUUAUUACCAACAAACUGUUCAUUGAUGAAAAGAAAUCAUGAAUCACACAUCAGAUAAACCGGAAGUUCUCUGUCGUGUUUGUGGUGACAAAGCGUCAGGUCGCCAUUAUGGAGUUCCAAGUUGUGAUGGUUGCAGAGGAUUCUUUAAAAGAAGUAUUCGAAGAAAUUUAGAAUAUAUCUGCAAAGAAAACGGUAAUUGUGUAGUUGACGUAGCCAGAAGGAACCAAUGUCAAGCUUGCAGGUUGAAAAAAUGUUUACAAGCUAAUAUGAGAAAGGAAGCCGUUCAACAUGAACGAGCACCAAGAUCUCAUCAACCUCGAAAACGCAAUCGUAUCCUCGGAAAUUCAAAUGAAAUACCUUAUUAUACUCCAUCUAACCAAUCCACUACAUUAAGCCCUAUAAUCAAUUUGACAUCAGCAAAUUAUUGCAGUCCUGAUCUAACUGUUUCUACUCUUAGAAGAUUAACCCCUACUACAAAUCUUCUGGCUAAUAACACAUCAAGUUUUUGUGCAAAUUACAUUGCUAAUCAAUUGAUAGAAGAUCCUAGAAGUGAUGAAAGCAGACAGAUAAUUUCUACUAAUCAGAAAACAUUAACAGAUGAUAGUAGUGCGAGUGAUGACUCUCACGAUAAUACAAAUAAAGUUGAUGUUCCAACUGUUCUUCCUCGACUAAUAUCAUGUCCUAUUUCCACUUGCAAAUCUUCAGUCCCUUCAGCAGAACCUACAAAUCUUCGACUUACUUACGUACCAUCCGUAGAUCUGAGUGUCUGUACUAGUACAACUGCAGGAAACACGACAAUUUCACCAUAUCCACCAUCACCUUUAGAUACUAUAUACGAAGCAGCAGCUAAAUUAUUAUUCUUUUCUGUAAGAUGGAUGAGAACCAUACCUUCUUUUCUUCAAUUGUCAUUUAGAGAUCAGACUAUACUAUUAGAAGAAUGUUGGAGCGAUAUUUUUAUAUUAAGCGCAGCACAAUGGGGAUUUCCUCUUCAAGAAGGCCUACUGUCUUUGGGAAAUGUACUAUCUCCCGAAAAACGGAAUCUUGUUGUAAAUCAUCUUCAACAGAUGAGAAGUAUUAUGUCCUUGUUGACAUCAUUACAAGUCGAUCACACUGAAUUCUCGUGUUUAAAAGCACUUGUACUGUUUAAACCAGAAACUCAAGGUUUAAGAGAUCCACUUCAAAUAGAAUUACUUCAAGACCAAACGCAAUUAAUGCUUCACGAAUACGUUCUAACAAAGCAGCCUCCUUCGAAAGUUCGAUUCGGAAAACUGUUAUUAUUAUUAUCAAUAACAAAAAAGUUAAACAGUCAAGUUAUCGAAGAAAUGUUCUUCGCCAAGACAAUCGGAAAUAUUCCAAUCGAAAGGUUAUUAUGUGAUAUGUUUCAAACAGCUUAAACAAAAUGGCAGCAUUUUUAGAUGUUUG